CUGCGUUUGCGGCGAGAAGACCACCAACAGUGAUACUACGAUAGGCAUAAUAUAGAUUAAGUAUAUCGAUCAGUAGUAGUAGUAGUGUCUUUACUGUGUUCAUUAAAACUGGUCGCAUUACAGUCUUGGCGGAAAAAGAUGUCGGAAUUGUCCUUAUUUACAGAGAGAGAAAAGUCACUCUAAUUGCGGUAGCCGAUAUCGCCCUUUCACUGUGGGAUUAUUGAAGAACUUUUAAAAGUUGUGUGCUUUUUUUGGCUAGAGGAAAGGCAGUUUACAAGAAGGGAUCCUUCAUACACGUGCGCGCGCGUUCAGCCGUCCUUCCCACACAUCAGUAACUUCAGAGAAGAAACUCCCUCCAAGGUCUGCGAUGGUGAACAGCCGGGUGGAGUCCUCGUCCGUGUCCGUGACCGGGGGUGGCUCAGCGCAGCGCUCGUGUGCGGGCUGCGGCGGCCGCAUCGCCGACCGCUUCCUGCUCUUCUCCAUGGAGCGCUACUGGCACACGCGCUGCCUCAAGUGCUCCUGCUGCCAGGCCCAGCUGGGGGAAAUCGGCACCACCUGCUACAGCAAAGGAGGCAUGAUCCUCUGCCGGAAUGAUUACAUCAGGCUCUUCGGUCACAGCGGGGCAUGCAGUGCAUGCGGCCAGUCCAUACCUGCCAGCGAGAUGGUCAUGAGGGCACAAGGGAACGUGUACCACCUCAAGUGCUUCACCUGUGCCACCUGCAGGAACCGCCUGGUGCCGGGCGACCGCUUCCACUACGUCAACGGCACCAUCUUCUGUGAGCACGAUCGGCCAGGUGGAGCGCUGCUCAGCUCACACCUGGGCCCUCUGCAGAGCAACACCCUCCUUCCAGACCAGAAGGUGUGCUGAGGCAAACAGAACAGAAAAGUGCCACGUGCCUUUUCCUCAGCCUUUCUUCUUCAUCCCUCCAUCCCUCUCUCUUUCUCUCUCCUCCUCCUCUCUCUCUCUCUCCCUCUCUUUCUCCUACGCUGCUUCUUCCAACGCCACUCCCAAUCCCACAGCUUCUCCUUGACUCCAUGGCAGAAGCCAUCUUCAGCUCCAUCGCGUUCAAAGGACUCAACCCGACAGAAGCUUUGAUGACUCCAGACGAUGAGGAAAACACUGAUGUUGACGUCAGACAGACUGUGAUGACUUAGAAGUGGAUGUCGGCCCACGGUGACAGUUGGUGACACUGAGAGUGACUGGUUUAAUGCCGAGGCUCCGUGGGAAAUGUGCGGCGUCCAUGUGACGGGGCCUCUACGCUGUCUGGGCUGGACUCUGCCUCGCCAGAGAGCCGACCCAGUGGAGAACCGUGGGAACACACACAGACUGCAGCGUGGUGGUGUGCGGAGUUUGGGCGUAAGAGGUGGUCUGAGUUAUGACCGUUUGGUUAAUGUGUUGAUGCUGGCGCUGGUGUUUUUCGCCCAGCGCAGAUGAGAUGACUCAGAAGAUGUGCAAGGGGAAGAGUUUCCUGUUUGUUCCCGUGAAGGUGGUCCUCUGCUCUGCCUAAUUGUUGAAAAGCAUUUUACAUGCCUAGAUUGUUGUUUUCAAAAUAUGCACAUGUGCCAUUUUGAAUUCCAAGAUUGUUUUGGCCUUUCACCUAGAUGUUGCCGUUUAAACUUUUUUAUAUGUUGAGAGUUCUUAUGAGGGUACUCGUCCCCAAAAAACUCAAUCGUUUGAAGAGUGCAUAAUUUCAACCUCUUGUGCAGUUUUGCUUUAAGUGCAAAUAGGUUCAUUUGCAUUAGAGAAGCUUUUUUGUUUCUGACGUGUAAGUAAGUUGAAGAUCACACUGAUUCAGACUGAUCAAAUGCAGCAGGGGGUUUGGGACGAGAGAGAGACUGUACAUAGUUAUGUAAUAUUGUUCCUUGUGUUCUAUGGCAAAACACUUGUCAUUGUGCGUGCUCAGUUCUACAGGCAGGAGUACAUUCUAUAUCAAAUGUCUAUAAAGGAAAAAAGUACUUAUUAUUAAAUUACUAUAAUCAUCUCUCCUGUGGUAUUUGUAAUAAAAUAUCAGUAUAUCUGACAA